CCACUCCAAACAUCGAAGAGCUUUUGCUGUCGAGCAAAACCCCUCGGUACUACAGAAGAUUCGAUUCGAUCGUGGAUGCUGAGAUGUUGAAGGCGCUGUGCCAGCUAAAAAAUCUGCGGGUCCUUAGGCUGGAUGAAUGGCCUGCAAAUCCUCAGCAUCAACUUUCCAGACAGUUUUGACGAUUACCACCAUUUUCAUUAUGAUCCUGUCGAGAGUACUGAUAGAUUAAAAAGAAGCAUGUCGAAUUUGAAAGAAUUCAUCUACACGGCAAGGAGGAAUGAUACUCUUAGAACAGAGUGCUUGAUGAAUCUUUCGAAUUUUCACGUUUUACAUGAGUAUGCUGGUCUCUUCCGCCCAAAAGGUGACUACGACCCCUCUACUCCAAACGAAGUAGUCACUGGAUGCUCAAAUCUCCGACACUUAAUGAUAGAUUUUGAUAUGGAUUUCCCAAAGAAAGACAUGCACUUAAAAAAUCCUCACGUCAGGCACAUUAUGAUGCUUUGGUAUACACACGAUGGUUGGGAGUGGAAAGAUGUGAAUUAUGCUUUGAAGUUCUCCAAUAUUGAGAGCUUGACUUUCCUCGGCUUCCCGCCUUACGUUAUGUUCUGCUUUAUCUACACCUUCGGAGCUAAACUAAACGCAUUGAACAUCCAACACGAUGACCGCACAAUUGAACCGUUCCUGAAUUUAAGUCGCAUGUUCACUGCUUGCCCUUUGCUUGAGAGACUACGAUUGUGGCUAGUUAUCAGCGACCCAGAGCCAAUCACUUUUUACGCUCGUCUCAAAGAAGUGGAAUUGAAUUUUACGUUCCCGAACGGAAGCAGAAACGAGAUGGUGAAUAUAUUGUGUGCACCAGACUUGGAGAAAGUCAUCUUGAGCGACCCCUGCCUCGAAGAUCUGCAAAAACUAACUUCAAAAGUCGCCAAAAAAGAAAUCCUGCAGAAGCUUAAGACUCUCGUCAUAGAUCUGGAUGUUGAUUCUUUAGCUCUUAUCGUCAGUGUGGAGCAAUUCAAUGGAAUUGUAGAGUUCAUCAAAUGCGCGGCAGCUUGCCUUAGUAAUUUGACGUGCUUAAAGUUUUACUUGAAUAAACGGAGGAGUGAAUAUUCCUCGCUUGCAAAAAGUUUGAGAAAUGGUAGGACAACAAAUGAAGAAUAUCCGGACGUGACUGCCUUUUUCUUCGGCGCUAAUAUUAAUAACGAAUCAACCAGCUGGUUUGUGGAUGAAGAACUCAUCAACAUUCUUGACGGUUAUACCGAAAGUGGAAUUUUCAUUGGAGACAAAAUUAAUUACGUUUUGUAACGUAUAGACCUUGUUUAGCGUUAAGCAAUAAAUUUUUAUCAAAACCUCAUUUUGUGUGUGAUAUUUAUGUUUUCAGUGGCAAAGAAAUGUUUAUUUAAAUUUG